ACAGUCCCUUUUGUUUUUGUUUUGAUUUUUGACUUUAUCGCUCAUGCUCACUUUGUUCCUUGUUUCUUAGAUGCGUCUGUUGUAUGCUGGAUCUGGGAAUCGGUAUGAGUAGUAGAGAUUAUCAACUGCGAAGAACAAAGUUUUGGAAAACAUAGAAAGAUUUCUUGAGAUGAGAUUUCACCCACCGAUCCUGCAGUAGCAGCCAUGGAUUAUAACUUACAUAAAAUUUGUCGCAUCUGCCUGAAAGAAGGUGUUCCGUGCACCUCUAUUUACAGCACCGAAUUUAGCAUGAUGCCGUCGAGUAUGAUGAUGAUGUGUGCCAAGAUACGGGUCUAUAAAAAAGAUGGUUUACCCGAAGUUAUAUGUAACAAUUGUAUCUAUCGCCUUGGUGUGGCGUAUCAUUUUAAACAGGAAUGUGAAAAUUCCGAUAUUCGACUGAGACAAUACCUGGGAUUGCCGGACAGAUAUGGAGUAUGUGAUGCCGAAACUAAUACCGAGGGAAAUUGGCAGUCUUUGGGAAGUACGGGCAAAACACAUGGCUAUACCACCGGAAAUUCAACGGAUUCCGAUGAGGAUGACGAAGAAGAUGAAAGGAAAAGUCCAAAGAAGAAAAGUAAACGACGCUCCCGUUAUCAGCGAAAGCCACCGGAAGAACACAAGAAACGUGGACCCAAACCCUUGCCCAAAUUGCCACACACCUGCUAUGAAUGUAGUAAAACUUUCAAAUGUGCCGCCCAACUACAGACCCACAUACGUACCCAUACCGGAGAGAAACCAUUUGGCUGUGCCUAUUGCCCCCGGCGUUUUGUACAAAAAUAUAACUUGCACAUACACGAACGAACCCACACCGGCUAUAAACCAUUUCAAUGUGAGGUGUGCUCCAAACAAUUCUCUGCCUUGGGUAAUUUCCAAGCUCAUCUUAAGAUACACAGUGGCAUACGGGAUCAACAUUGUCCGGUGUGUCAGAAAUCCUUUUACACAGCUGGUGAUUUAUCCAAACAUAUGAUGACCCAUACGGGAAUAAAAAAUCACCACUGUGAUGUGUGUGGCAAGGCAUUUAGUCGACACCGUGAUAUGCAGGCACACAAAAGGAAAAUACAUCAGAUUUCAACGAACCCUCACAAGCGUAGCGAUGAUGAGGAUGAAGAAAUUGUUGUGAACUUACCAAUGGUGGGCCACAAUCAGACGAUAGUUCCUACACCACUGGCGCCAAUACCAGCACCACCACCAGCCGCAACUCACCCAACGCUUAAUGUGGCAAUGGCACCACACCAUCAUCAUCACUAUCAUAACCAUAUGACGGCGGCGGCAGCCACUUCCCUUGGACCACCGCCGCCGCCGCCACCACAUCCUCAUCAUGAUAGUUUGCAUAUGCAUCAUUUGGGUUUAAAUCCUGCAGCAUCAUUACAGGCAAAUCCUGGUGGUGGUAUGGCGAUGACUGCCCAUAUGAUGGCUCCACCACCGCCAACACAAGCCAUACAUACAGGCGCCCCACCACCACAUGCAUUAUCAUCCAGCGGACCCCAGUCGCUGACCUCAAUGAUGCAUUCGGCACAGCCACAAAGACUACAUCCGUAUUAGAAAAUGUUUAUGUUUAGGAAAUAUGUAAAUAUUUAGAUAGUAUUAAUUAUUAAAAAUCCAUCCAAAUCAAUCCAAA